AUGAAUCAAGCAGAGGAUGACACCGAGUUCAUGCCAUCCCAACGACGGAGGGGCAGGAACGAGCUUCAAGACUCCGGCUUUAUGUCAGACAAGUCCUCUUAUCGAGGCGCAUCCACUGCUGCCUCGCAUCCGGCCGAGAUGUCUUCAGGACUGAACCUGUCCUUCGGUUUCACGCCCAUGCAAUUUGAGAAAAUUGACCUGAGAGGCAACCACAAGCCGGGACCAGGUGAGCACGCAAUUGAAUCCCUUGUUCUUUCGGUCGAUAACAUUACCCAUCUUGACUUGCGGGGCAACCGGCUAAACGCCGCGUUUGGCUGGAAACUCAUCAAGGCAAUGAAGAAGAAGUACCUGAAUCUCGAAUUCUGCAACGGCAUUCCGCUGCGGGCACUGCGAAUGAACUCCAUACAGGUCUUGGACCUGUCGCCACGUGCAAGCCAUGUCGGAAUGCCAUGGACAGAAGACUCAAAGGAGGCUGCUGUGGAGUUUGCCAACAGAGGAAUGUAUGGCAUCGAAGUUGUUGGCGCCAUAUUCUUGGCGCAUUUCUUGCGCCUCAAUACUUCGCUGAUAAGCUUCAACUUCAGGUUAAACCAUGUGGAAAAGGACGGCGCUAAGGCUCUCGCGCAGAGCUUGCUUGGCAACGCGCAAACACUGCUACAGACGGUGAAUACGAUGGGGCCGACGAAGAUGAAGCCGGGGAUCAACUUCUCCCACUUCAAAACCGGCCAACUGACGACGGUGGAUCUGUCGAAGCGAGGCAUGGACGAUGAUGACUUCGUCUUCCUGGAGGAAUGGCUGCGCCGCUACGACUGUGUUACCGAUCUGAACAUUUCCUGGAAUUUCAUGUCUCGUGAUGGCAUUCGAAAGCUGACGCGGCACAUCAAGGAAACGAAAGUGUUGACCAAGCUCAACUGUGUGGGCCUUCCUGUCACACAAGAGGGAUCUGCUCUGCUAGCACGUGCAGUCAUUGAAAAUCACACGCUGGUCCAAGUGGCGCUCCCGCUUGGACAUUGCCACGACACUCCGGAGCGUCAGCAGAUGUUGCAACAGCUCGGGGUUGGCCUGGCGAGCCAUCCUUCUCUGCUGAGCUUCGCGUGUACCCGCACCCCCAAUUUGGAAUAUGCACCUCUUCGUGAUGCCAAAGAGAACAAGGUCCGGGCCUUCCCUCCAGAGCGCAGCAGUGGAUGGCCACGAGCACAGAUGGCCGUGUACAUGUGGCUGCUGUCCGCCAGCAAGGCAGAGGUGGACAGGUUUACUUUGGGCCCAGGGGCAAAGCCAAAGGUGGAAUACCCGAAAGAAGCUUGCCAAGGUGCAAAUCCUGAUCUGAUUCCGGCAAGCCUUGGCAUGCUCCACAGCGCUGGUCACAUGCUGCGGCAGGUCUCCAUUGCACUACCUCUUGGGUAUGGCCUGCGGUCGAUGGAGCUCCUUCGGGUGUUAACUGUUUGCACGUCCUUGGCCAACUUGAAAGUCCUGGGUUUCGCUUCAGCUGUCCUAAAGGACACCCAGUUGCCGCCCGAGUGGACUUCGAUUGGCAGCGCGCCUCGGUGGUUGUUUGAGGACAGACUGCAGCGAAGGAGGAUCCAUUGGCAAGCGCUUCAUGGUCUACUGUCGGCUCUCCCCCACCUGGAGCAGUUCAAUGACCUGGCGCUGGGUGGACCAAACAUGAGAGAGUCGCCUGAACUGACCUGCCUACUCUUGAUGCAAUGCUUGGAAGGUGUGGCCACCGAGCUGACGGAUGGUGGUGGAAGUGGAGAGGCUUUGCUGAAGGCAAGCCUUCAAGCUGAAGCCGACGUCGAUGCUUUCUGUGAUGUCCUUCGGAUUCUGAGUCGGACUCCCCUUCUCAUCGAUCUGAACUUUUCGGACAAGCAUGCAGAGACAGUUAAAGCUCAACAGGCUCGCUUGGGGCCACAUCUCUCUUCGCAUGCUGAAGGAGUGCCGCGCUUCGUGCAUGCCAUCUCUCUGAGGAACAAUGUCGUCAGCGAAGCGCUGCUGCAGGGGCUGGACUGCAGUGCUGCACUUCGAGAGUUCGGCUUCGAGAACAUCUCGGCCGUUCUUCCCUCUCUUUUUGCUGCAAUGUGUGGUCGUGAGAAGCCUUUGCCAGUGGAGCGCAUCCGAGUGGAACCGAAGUGGAUCACAUCGAGGUUCGCACGCAAGCGCUUCAAAAAGCGCCAGCACAGUUGGCUCGACGGCAUACAGGCAGCACUGAUCCGCAGCGACAGGUUCGUGGAACUCGUCAGCGCUGGAACGGCAAUUUCACGCGCUGAGAUUGAAGGCAUGUCUCCGAAGGACUUUGUUGAUGCUUUGACGGGCGUGGCGCUGGAAGAGCCAUUCCCAGUUGAGGUUGAGAGACUGCACCCUCCGCAAAUCCAAGUCUUGUGCUUUCCGAGCCGGAGAGCGUACAGAGAUCCGCCAGAAGACCCGAGCCAGAACCUCUACUUGCCGCUGCCCAUGGAUGAUGAGGCUCGGGGCGAGCUGCAACUCCAGAAGGUCUCGUUGCUGAUGUGCGGCCUGAGAAGCAAGAUGCUGCAGGCCAGACCGGAUGAGUGGCCAGAGAGCUCGAAGCCACUCUGGCUCGGGCAGGGCAGCCACCUGCGCUUCGUCCGGCCAGGGGAUGAGCUUGAUGCUCCACGCUACGCCGAGGAGGAUGGUGACGAGGACAUGUCUGCUCCAACGCGCUUCCACUGGCGCCCGGACCUGCGUUUAGGCAGCAGCCGGGCCUGCGGUAGAAUCGCCGAGGAACUGGACCCGAGAGAGCCCACCUUCGCGGAGAACUUGCUGCACGAGUCUCUUCGUAGUCUCCUUCAUGAAGAUAGCCCCGUACAAGAUCUGGACCUUCGAGGCAAUGGCUUGACCCGCGAAGACGCGAACUUGCUGCUGGACCUCGUGUGCAACCACAGAAGUCUUGUUCGCCUGAACCAGCUGCCGGUCAUGGAGGAUGAAGCAGCCACAUGCAAGGUGUUACAUAUUGAUGGUAUUGGCAUCGUCGAGCACGCGAAGCGGCAGGCUGGAGACGAGGAUCCCUACGGCGAGGAUGAAGAGGAUCCUGCCGAUGAGGCGUAUGCAAAGGAGGUGUUCGAGACGAGUUUCGCUCGAAUGGAUGAUGGCCCAGCAGUCACACGACAUCACAUGCAAGGGUUCAUGGACAAUCAGCGUGACCAGUCUCGUACUGGCAUCAUGCGAAUGGGAGUCCAUGUAAGCUCGGUGGUGGUGCUGGUGCAGCUCGCCUUCGUCCGGGCAGCGCAAGCCGCGGAGGGAACGCUCGCGUGGGAUGGCUUGCGAGAUGGCUUGAAAGCAUGGCAAUCAUUUGGAUUUGAUUCGAGCUUCACUUUCGAGGUUGCAAACGGCAGUCAUGUUCUGUUUAGAUAUCCGAGUGGAGAUGUCGGAGAUCUGCAGCCGCUUCAGCCUUCAGAGACGGCUGAGAAGUAUGGCAUCGACAUCCGUAUCCAUGGCGAAAGAAGUGAACUCUUGCGCAAAGUCUCUGUUCCCGCAGUUCUGGCCAUUCUUGCUGGGAAGGACCCUGCGAAAGCUGCGGGACCGGGCAGCGUGAGCCGCUCUGAGCUGCUCUCGCGAGGAGGAGGAUUGACGCUGCCAGCUCUCGUCUCUUUGGUCAAGGGCCAUGCUUCGGCAACAGGCGGAUGGCAGCUACUGCAGGAUGGCCUAGAUGCAUGGGCAUCGCUGGGCUGGGACAAGGACUUCUCCUUCAAUGUUGGCUCUGCGCAGGGGCCGCUCUACACCUACACCAAAGGUACCACAGGCAUGAACAAACGCUUGAGGGGGGCCAGUCUCUCCAAGUGGCCAGCCGCAUUGGCGAUUGCUGGCCUCGUAGCUGACGGUACACUCUCUUUUGACGACAAGGCCAACAAAUACUUGUCUUGGUGGUCAACAGAUUCUGAAGAUCCUAGAAGCAGAAUAACCUUGCGGGACCUCAUGACCUUCCAGUCUGGUUAUACGAAAGAUCCCAAGCUCCUGUGCAGUUUCAAUCCGUGGGCCGACUUUCUCUCGUGCGCAAGGCGUUUAUAUGAGAGUGCUAAGUUGACAAGCCCACCAGGAGAAACCUGGGCCUAUAUCUCGAUCCACCUUCAGCUGGCAGCAGCAAUGGCGGUCGCAGCUUCUGGUCUAAGACCUGACAAGCUCUUCCAGAAAUACCUCUACGACCCCUUAGGCAUGAAUGGGACCACCUGGACACCUGCGCGGAAUCCGCUAUUUGCGUUUGGCAUCACAACCACGGGUUCAGAUUUUGAGAAGAUGCUGCAGAAGCUGCUUUCGUACGAGUUUCUUGGAAUGGAGGUUCUGUCAGAAAUGGAGAAGGACUGGUCUGCGCCACCUGUCGUUCCAUGCGGCGACGGUUGGUUUGGUCACUACGGCAUGGGUCAUUGGUUUGACUGCAUGGGCUAUGGGUCUGGUCAUGAUGAAGGAUCUUCAGCAGCACUCUCGGCACUCUGCGUGAAGGAAUCAAUUCAAGCCGGACCUGGAGCUUAUGGCUACUUCCCACUGAUUGACCGGCAGCGCGGCUUCUAUAUGCAGAUCGUGCUUGCAGAGGACUCCCGAUGCCGCAGCGAGAUCCCAGAGUACUUGCGCAUAAUUGCAAAGCCUGUUGUCGAUGCGCUGGUGCUACACGAGCCAAUUUCAAACGAGCGACUUCUACAAAGCAAUGGUGGUCUACUGUUACGGGAGCUUGCCGACAUUCGAAAGUCAUUGCCGCCUCACUGCUGGCCACUUCCUGUAGGUGAUGGCUACUUGUUUCUGCAGCUGGUCACUCCCAACUCCUUCCCAGAGUUACGCGAGGUCACUCUUCGCAGGCUGGAAAUCCCGCAAGAUUCCACACUGGCACACUUAACAGAUGCUCUUCUGAAUCUGCGGUCCGUUGAAGUCCUGCGGAUAUCUGACCUAAGAUUGUCGAGUCGGGGUGCGAGCUUGCUGUUGCAGGCGGUUGCAGAGCUGGCGCCGCGCCUCGUGAGCUUAAAUGGUCUCCCGCUGUCCAGAUUGGUUCAGCUGAAGGAUCAUCCUGAAGGUGGCGCUCCACUUGAGCUCUCCGACAGCAUCGAAUGGAACGACUUCACGCUUGGGGUCAUGGCACGCUUGGGCUUGUGGUCGGUUGUUGCCUUCGGCACAGGAGGUGCCGGCCCAUCUGAUUUGAAAUUGGAAGGCCACAGUCUCACAGAUGUGGGUCUGAGGGGCCUUUGUGCCAUGCUGAGACACUUUGCUGGCCAGGGUGCAUCGCGGAGCGGUGGCUUAGUCAACCUCACCAAAAUCGAUCUGUCAGGCAACUUGCAGAUCACGGAUGCUACCGUGGCUGACUUGUGUCACACGCUCAAGACACCGUACCUGAGUGGUGCACUUCGCGGCGGCCUAUGCGAGCUAAACCUUCGAGGCUGCUUGCGAUUGAAGACUCGGUCAUCCUAUGAGCUCCUCAAUUUCAUGCAGCACAGUCGUGAGGCUGGUGCGACUGGAAGCAGCCUGCGCAUGGUCAACGGUGUCGACAUGGAAGCGCUUCAGGCGAUACCUCGCAGCACCGGCACUGGUGGUGGCAGUAGCCGGCAAACCGCCCCACCGAUGUUGCUUCGCAACUUUCUUGAUGCCAGCUCGCAAACCUCCGGUGGCAAGGUCACCUCUUUGGCUUCAAUGUCCGAGUGUGACAUACACUUCUUUGCAGGAGUCAUGCAUCACUUCCAGACCAUUCCAUAUUGCCAUGUGCACAUUGUCGUGUCUCCGUAUCUCCUCAGCGCAACAUCCGGUUCUUCAGAGUUCUGGGGGAGGCCGGCUCACCAGGCUGGUGCACCCUGCAGCAAUGACAGUCCAUUUCCGCCACCUGUCGAGGGCGGUAAGGUGGCUGCGGUAGCGGCACGACUGCAGGCACACAUCGACUCUACAUGCAGGCUCUUUGAAGCAUGUCCGAUCCUGGCAGAGCUCCGUGUGUCGAUGGUUCCUUCAGUUCCGGGAUGCGAGGACCUACUCGCUUCAGCAGGUCAUGACGUGCUCAUUACGCCUGCUGGAAACCCCACCGGAAGUGGGCAAUCUGCAAUGGACAGCUUCGGCUUCAUGAAGCAGCGCCUGCAGGACAAAGCUGCGAGACGACGAAAAGCCAAGCAAAACCAAGGCACAGGCGGCACAGGCCCACCCAAAGCGCUCUAUGUGAAUAACAUCAAUCGGCAGCGCUUGCACUGCUGCUACCGGACUCUCUACGGCAAAGAUGAUGCGGAGCUGACUCACCACGAUGUGAUGCCACCGGAUCAGCUUGCUGCGAUAAGUCUUCCGGGUGAGGUGGACGUGUCAGGUUUCUUUGCAGUUGCGACGUCCGUGGACCUUCAGCAUCUGGACCUAGGACCGGCUCACAUCACCAAACUCCCUGAGCUGACAGAGUUACCUGCUCUGACUCAUGUAAACCUCAAUCACAAUCAUUUGGGGGAUGCCGGGACCGAGCUUCUGUUCAGAGCGCUCGUGGACACCGGCAGCAGCGUAGAGCAUGUGGCUCUUGUUUCCAACGACAUCGGUGACGAAGGUGCUUCGAUCAUUGCUGCCAGCCUUGGCAAUCUUCCCAGACUCACCAGCAUCGAGCUGUGUGACAACUUUAUACAGGAGCGUGGGAGCAUAGCCAUCGCGGAGGCUAUCGGAGGCGUUGCUCCUCCGGAGGAAGGUGAUGACAUCGAGGCCGUGUCAAACGUGCCGCUGCCGGUUCUUUCCGUGGAUCUGCGAGGGAAUAGGAGCCGCGAACUCGGAGCGCGGCGCUGGGCGGAGGUGGUCUGCAACCAUCCCGACCUGAAGUUCCUCAAUCUGGCACAGAAUGAAUUGGGUUUGCUGACAAAAGAGAUCUUUCUUGAUCUAGUCUGUGCGGCUGUGACGUCUGCCUCGCUGAGCGUUCUGGAUCUUCAGGAUAACUUUCCUGCUGCCGGGCUUGGCAGCUCCGAAAUGGGCCCACCACCCCCUGAGGUGAGCGAGGACCCGUUGCAACUGUCAGGCCAUAAUGUGCUGGUAGUACUUUCCUUCAUCCUGGAGCAGAGCAGAGCGCCUAGCAACAUUCCAGGAAGCAAUGUUAGCACGUUUUGGACAUUCCUGGCCCAUCGGUGA